AUGUGCAAACAUAGAACCACUUCUUACUACGUCACGCAGAUUCUGACGGGACAUGGAUCGUUCGGUUCCUUCACUAAGAGGAUCCAUAAGACCGUGGAUGACACAUGUGCAUCAUGUGGGCAAAGGGACGACCCGGCUCAUGUCCUUUAUGAAUGUGUAAGAUGGGGUGAGAAGAGAGGAAGACUGAAGAAACUACUAGGCGGAGACUUGCCACGGGCAACUGAGAUCAUAGGUGAAAUGCUCAAGGACAGGGAGACCUGGAAGGCGGUAACGACUUUUAUGACCGAAGUGAUGACCAAAAAGGAGAAAGAGCAUAGGAUCACCCAAGGAUAG